CUCUCUCUCUCUCUCUCUCUCUCUCUCGCUCGCCGGCACUCAAAAACUUCCGGUCACGUCCAAACCCCAAAACUCUUUGCCAAACAAACUUCUCCUUGUUUGGUUUCGUUCACUAACCCUGAGAAAAAAUAAAAAUUUUUACUCUGAGCUGGGUAAGGUUGGUGGUGGUGUGAUGGGAUUUUGUAUAUGUCCCUUGGAAACUCCGGCGAGGUUGCUGUGGACUACUAGCUUCUUCCGUCACAAGCUCAUGAUUUUCUAAUCUUUAAUUAUUAUUGUUUAAAUAUACUUCUCAUCAUCGUCGUCGUGGUUGUCCACUCACAACCACCCCUUUUAUAUUGUUUUUGUGUUGAGAGCUGCGGCCAGAGAAACGAGGAUAUAUACUUGCGUACUGAUAUAAUACGUAGAGUGAUCAAAGAGAUAACUUGCAAGGUUUUUUCAUGGAGUCUGGACGGAUUUUCUUCAACCCUUCUGUAGCCUGCCAUGGCAACAUGUUUUUCCUCGGCAAAGGUGAUUCCUUAUUUCGAGGAGCAACAUCGAUGAUGAGCAUUGAGGACAGCUCAAAGAGGCGACCUUUCUUCACAUCACCAGAUGACUUGUUCGAUGACUGCUAUUAUGACGAACAGUCACCGGAGAAAAAGCGCCGGUUAUCUGCUGAGCAGGUGAAUCUGCUGGAGAAGAGUUUUGAGGAAGAGAACAAACUGGAGCCAGAACGGAAGAUCCAGUUGGCUAAGAAGCUGGGAUUGCAGCCGAGACAGGUGGCUGUUUGGUUCCAGAACCGCCGCGCUCGGUGGAAGACCAAGCAACUUGAGAGAGAUUACGAUCUCCUUAAAGCUUCUUACGAUGCUCUCCUCUCUAACUAUGACACCAUUUUCAAGGAGAAUGAGAAUCUAAAAUCUCAGGUGGUUUCUUUAACUGAGAAACUUGGAGAAACAGAAGAGAAUAAUAAGGAAGGGAAAAAGAAUGAGGCAGUGGCAACAGAAAUGGCACAAGUUUUAGUAGCCCAACUGAGCAAUAAGACUGAAGAUGGGGUGAGUUCCGGCAGUGGUGGAAGUGCAGUGGUUGAUGAGGAUUAUCCACAGAUUGUGGAGAGUGGCGAUUCGAUUUCAUAUUUUCCAAAUGAUGAAUACACUGGAUGCAUUGGGGCCAUUGAGGGGGUUCAAUCAGAGGAGGAUGAUGGCAGUGAUGACGGCCAGAGUUACUUCCUCGAUGUGUUUUUGGGUGCUCAGAAUCAGCAGGCUGAGGAGCCAUUGGAGUGGUGGAUGUGGCCAUCAUAGGAUCACUAAUCAAACUUUGUUACUCAACUGUUGCAAAUAUUUUAGAGUAAUGGCUUUGUAAGUGGAUUUACGGGGCUUGGUAUGAAAAAAACUGUGUUAAAGUCAAUAGGAUCUUGUGCUGUAUGACAAUUAUGCUGCUAUAAAAAAAUAUACAAUAAAGUGAUGUCACGUCCUUUAUUAA